AUGUCGACACUUGAGUUAACGGCAUUGCCGCCGCUGUCCCCCACUAUGGAGCGUGCGUUUACAGAAGCGUUUGCGGAAAUGUCUGAGCUUGAGAAAAGUGACACUUCUCCUCAUAUUAAACUCGAAUCACCACAAGACGUGUGGUCUAGUAGCGAUGAUGACGAUAUGGUGAAGAAGAAAAACUCGACUUUUUUACCUGAAACACCGCAAGUACACAAGAGUGUCAUUCACACCAUUAGUCCAUGUGGAAAGCAGACGGACAUUAAUGAGAUUGAUGCGAAACGCGCAAGACGCUCUGCCAUUGAAAAAAAGUCGCGACAAAGGCGACAAAAUGUGCUUAAAAGGAUGAGAGAUGAGGUCAAACAGCUUGAGACUCGAUACGCUGAACUUGAUGGUAAGCAACGUGGAUCGUUUCGGGUUGAGAAUGGAGAGAAACAAUGUGGUAAUAGCGUCACGAUAGACCGACUUGAGGAAAAGUUUUCGGAACUUUCCUUGGUCGCACAUGCGCUAGAAGAGGAUCAGGUAAAACUACAGACUUUACUUCAGCAACACCAAGAGUUUCAAAAGACAGUUCAAGGCUUUACAGAUGAAAAGAUUGACGAGAAAAAGCAUGUGUGGAAUUGUGGUGUACCUUUAAGCUCAUCGUUCAGUGCGACAUUUAAGGCUUUGACUGUCGCUGAGUGUUAUUCCUUAGUACGGAAGUCAUACGACGAGAUCCAGCGCUUUAACGACGCCGAGCAUUUUCAAACGACUGGUGCAAAUUUUAUGGGGUGGACAGAUAAGAGGAAGUACGACUCAAAGACUGGAGCAUUACAAUAUGGUUUUACGAAGAAGUUCUGGAUGCAUACGCCAGAGGAUUUAUUGACAAGAACAUGGGAUAUAUUUCUCGAUGGGUCUAAAUUUAAAAACAUGUCAUUUGAUAGUUCUGUCAACGCUCGAUAUGAAGUAUUGCAACAGCUUAAUGACGAUUUGCGUAUCGUUCGACGAGAUCAUCGCAUCCGGGCUGUUGAUGUUACAUUUGCGACGAUUCAACUUAUUUUCCGUUUGCAGACGCCGACGGGCUAUACACUUUGUAUGCGUACGAUUCCUGCACCUGAAAUUCAAUGUGUCCAAGAUUCUCAUGAGUACUUUUACGAGAUAUUUCACUGGACGCAUUUCAAUCGUCUGUAUGACGAUGAGGGCAAACCUACAGGCUGCGAAAUUGUUACUGGGGGGUCCAUCGCCGACCAACAACAGAUUCAGUCUUCGUUCUGGCUGUUUGAACUCGUGUGCUCACUUUUACGGUGGGAGACCGCCUGCGUCGCACCACUAUUCCUCAAGCAUUCUUAG